UGAUUCUGAUGUACCAUUCCAGUUACUAAUUAAUUUUCAGAGUCAGUUAAUCAAAAUGAACGUCAUCAAUGGAUGUAUUAAAAAAUAAUUGUGAAUCCAUUAGAAUCUUGGCAUCAAGGGAACUUAAUAAACAUGGAAUCAACCUAAAACUAAAAAAUCUCCCAAGAAAAAAAAUUUCUGUAAAGAGAACCUGCUACGGAGUGGCUAUAAGAAACUUGGAUAUGGUGGAUAUGAUUUUGGGCAAAAACAAAAUUACAAUACCAAAAAUAUUUUACAACCUCUGCACUUUCAUAGGCAGCGAUAUGAAUGUCGAAGGCAUAUUCAGAAUAGAAGGAUCGAAAAUAAAACAAAAAAAUACCAUUAAAUAUAUAGAUAAACAAUGUCGCAUACCAGACGACAUCAGCAUUAUAGAAGCCGGCGCGGUUUUGAAAGCGUUCAUCAGAAAUCUUCCUGAUGCAUUAAUUCAUCAGGAUUACGAACGAUGGUUCGUCGAGGCUGCCAAACUUCCAGAAGAUCAUAUUGUAGAAGCUCUGCUGUUGGCAGUAUUUUUAUUGCCUUUAGAACAUAUUUAUCUAUUGAUGUACUUCAUGCAGUUUUUUCAGGAGAUAACAACACAUUCCUCUACAAACAAAAUGGAUUUACAUAAUAUGGCGAUUGUGAUUAGCCCAAAUAUCUUUGAACAGACCAAUAAAGUAUCUGCAGAGACUUCUUCAAUUCGAUGCGAUAUUACAAAAAUUAUGAUGCAGCAUGCUAAAGAAAUCGGAUGUGUUCCCGAAAAGAUUAUACAAAAGCUGGAUGAUUUUGAUACUCUCCAGGCACAGAAAAAGUGUAGAUUUUUUUGGUAGUAUACCGUAAAAAAAU